AUGGAAGACUGGGAUAAACAAACUAUUAUUCGUAAGAGAGCUGAGGUUCCCAAGGUUACUAAAGGUGCUGCGGCGAUAAAUGCAGCUCGUCGUGCUGGUGCUGUUGUUGGUACAGAACGUAAAGCUACCGGUGGUACCAAUAAAGGACAUUCUAUGACAGAUCACCAAAAAAUAGCCAAGCUUGAUCGAGAAAAUGAAGUAGCUCCGCCACCAAAAAUUAGUUUGUCAGUUGGUAAAGCUAUUCAACAGGCUAGACAAGCUAAAGGGUUAACACAAAAAGAACUCGGCCAAAAGAUUAACGAGAAAGCUAAUAUUAUAAAUGAUUAUGAGAUGAGCAGAACUAUCCCAAAUCCCGCUAUAAUUGGAAAAUUGGAAAAUAUUCUUAAUAUUAAGCUGCGCGGUAAAAACAUUGGGGAACCCAAACAUAAGUAG